UAUUUUUAGUUCGGGUUCGGUUAUUUUGAAUCGGGUUCGGAUAUAUAGAUUUUAAAAGAAAAAAAUUAGUUUUUUUCAUUUUUUAAGUUUCUUGUAUUUAAAAAUAUAGAUUUCACUUAAUUGAUUUUUUUAUUUUUCAUAGAUUGGAUGAUUAAUAGGUGUGGAGAUAAUAUUUAAAAACAAAGAGAUAUUAAUUUGGGUAUUGUUUUUAAAUUUUGAAUGUAACUUUUGUUAAUACAUGAAACAAAAAAUUUGACAUGCAUUUUAAAUGAAUAUCAAAUAAUUUUCUCCAUAAUUAUAUAUAUACUUAUGAUCAUAAAGUAUGUGUAACAUCAAUAUAAAUAUUUUUUAAAAAAUAAGAGAUGUAAACUAGAAAUAUAAAGGUAAAUAUAUAUAUGUUUGGUUAUUUUCGGAUAUCUAUUCGGGUUCGGAUAUCCAAUCUCUCCUAACUUAAUACCUGUUCGGAUAUUUUGUUACUUCGGUUCGGAUUUAUGUUCGAGUUUUUCGGAUCGGGUUCGGGUGCGACUUCGGUUGUCGGGUAAAGAUUUUUCUGGAGUUCACCCGCUGGUCUGCUCUCGUGGUUGGUUUGAUAUAUAAAGCGAUUAUAAUAUCUAGAAUUAUGUGGUUUUAACGUUUUUUUAAAUUAAACGUGUGUGUGACAAAAAAAAAUGUUCUUAAAAUUUUUGGGUUAAACGAGGGCAAUUAAAAAUUUAAAACUAAUCGAAUGCAAAAGACUCGUGAUAUGAAUGCAAAACAAUUGAGGUCAAAUAUGCUAAUAAACUAUAUAAAAUAAUAUUAAUAUUUUAUUAAGAAGAUAAAAUAUUAUUAUUCCCUUAAAUUAAAUUAUUACAAUAAUUAGCUGGAAUAUUAAAAAAGGUAAUGAAAUCUCUUGAGGUUUUAAAAGCUUCAUAAAAUCUUGUUAGAAUAUAUUAAUAUGGAAUGUUAUCUAAAAUAAAAAUAAGAGAAAGAGAAUAAAGGAAAAAGGAUGUGUUAAAAAACAAAAGGAAAGAUAUAUGUAAAUACCAGUGUUUUAAAAUAUGCUAACCGGACAGUUGUUUACUGUAUGGUACAGACGUAGUAUAUACGAUAGUUAUAUUCUAAAUAAAUAUUAUAGUAUUAAAUAAAAUAAAUAUAUAAGUUAUAUGUAAAUAAUAAAAUAUAUAUAGCAAACAUAACUAAAAUUAUACAUUAUAACUAUUUAUGGAAUAUUGAAAAAAAAAUAAACUGGUGCGAUCAAAUGAAAUAAAAAAAAUCAAAUGAGUAAAUUAUAAUUUUUUACUAAAAUUUUCUUUAAAAUAUAGUUUAUAAAUUGUGAGGGUAUAAACGGCCGUAUAAACACGGUAUAAACGCUCUAUUUGUGUCCAUCUAAACCAUCAUCCUAUUAUUCUACCAUAUAGUUUCUUUUUUGAUUUUACCACAGUGUCCGGCGAUCGAGGUCAACCGACUAUUCUGUGGGCCCCAGAAGUGCAAUAUUAAAUUCUGGUGAUCAACGGGGAUUGAACUGCGGGUUCACCGUAUUGGAGUUAUCUUUCAAGUGCCACUAGCCCAAGGGCAGUUGGUUUCUACCGUAUAGUUAAAAACAUAUACACCGUAUAUGACCGUACCAACUGUAUUUUAGAAAACUGACACAAAGACUCCUCCUAAAUUCAUUAUGCAAAUGGUAAAACAAAAAUAGGAAAAUAUGGAAUAAUAUCUUUUGACACAAACGUAUAUGUGCAUAUCAAUCAACACCAUACUCUGCCGUAGCGACUAAGGGAAGAGGAUUAUGGAUUCCGAUGACUACUAUAUGGAAUCUGGAGAGGAAGAUCUUUACAGCGACGGUGCAGAUGAUUACAACGACGGGGCUGAUCAUGAUGAUGAUAAAGAUGACACGGGUUUCCUUGGGGAUGACGAUGACGAUUCCUCGAUGAUCUCCUCGCCUCGCUCCGAUAUAAAUUAUGUCGUUCUCAAGGAAGAAGAUAUACGUAGAAAACAGGAGAGUGAUAUUGCACAAGUUUCCAUGAUACUCUCCGUAAGCAAGGUCGAAGCUAGUGUUCUGCUUCUUCACUAUCACUGGAAUGUUGGUAAAGUUAAUGAUGAAUGGUUUGCGGAUGAGAGGAGAGUUCGGACAAGUGCUGGCUUGGAAGGAGGAUCUGUUAUUGUUCCAUAUUCUAAAGGCGGAAAAGUUGCUUGUGGAAUAUGCUUUGACUACUUCUUUCCUAUAGAUAUUGUACUGAUUCUGUGUGGCCAUGCUUUCUGUUCUACAUGCUGGACAAGUUACAUCAGCAUAGCCAUCAACGAUGGCCCAGGAUGUUUGAUGCAAAAAUGUCCUGAGCCAUCUUGUCCAGUUGCUGUUGGUCCAGACAUGGUCGAGAAACUGGCUUCCUUUGAAGCCAAGGACAAGUAUGAUAGGUAUUUUCUUAGAUCUUAUGUGGAAGAAAACAAAAAGACCAAGUGGUGUCCUGCCCCAGGAUGUGAGCAUGCCAUUGAGUUUUCUGCCACCGGGACCGGAAGUAGUUACGAUGUUUCAUGCUUGUGUUCGCAUAGCUUCUGCUGGAACUGCACCGAAGACGCUCACCGUCCUGUGGAUUGUGACAGGGUUUCGCAAUGGAUACGCAAGAACAGCGUUGAAGCUGAAAAUACCAAGUGGAUACUCGACAAUUCCAAGCCUUGUCCCAAGUGCAAGCGUCCAAUUGAAAAGAACCAUGGAUGCAUGCACAUGUCAUGCACACCACCUUGCAGACAUCAGUUUUGUUGGCUUUGCCUUGGCGCAUGGUCGGAACACGGGGAAGGCACUGGCGGGCCUUAUACAUGCAACCGGUAUUCGAAGGCUAAGGGACAAGGACUGCAUGAUGAGGCUGAAAUGAAGCGAGAGAUGGCAAAGCACUCGCUAGAGAAAUACACUCAUUAUUAUGAGCGCUGGGCAGGUAAUCAAAUGUCGAGGCAAAAAGCUAUAGGGGAUCUACAGAAGUUCCUAUCAGUGGAUGUUAUGAAGCUUAGUGACAAACAAUGCAUACCAGAAACUGAGCUCGGGUUCAUCACAGAUGCGUGGCUUCAGAUCAUUGAAUGCAGAAGGGUGCUGAAAUGGACAUAUGCAUACGGGUACUAUCUACUUGAAUCUGAACAGGAAAAGAGACAGUUUUUCGAGUAUAUGCAAGGAGAGGCUGAGUCUGGUCUGGAGAGGCUCCACAAAUGCGUUGAGUUGGAAUCAGAGGUGUUUCAAUAUCCUGAAGACGCUCCAAAACAAGACUUCAAGGGUUUUCGGACAAAACUAACUACUUUGACCAGUGUAACCAAAUCUCACUUCGAAACUCUGGUGAAAGCUCUGGAGAAUGAUCUUGCUGAUGUUGGAUUCGCAAGAUAGAGGUAACUACUUUAGCUCUUUGAUUGACUUGCGCUGCUAUUAGUACAGUGUCUAUGAAACAAA